AUGGAACAGCAACAGCAAAGGAUAGAGAGGAGAAGUGUAUGGCCUUGCCUUUCGACCACAAUUUCGAAUCGCUCGGGGUACUUUUAUUACCUCCUUCUACAACAUGCUCCACCUGGUGAAUUCAAUGAGGUUUUUAAUGCUGUUCGUAUGUUAUUGAACAAUGACCAACUGCUAAAGGAAGGAUGUGCGCAGGCUAUUACGAAAUACAAUGAGAGUCAAUUCGCUCCAGUGAAGUUAGAAGGAGUUGAGAAACAGACUCUUGUGACGCCGUUCAACGAUAUUGGUGGCGGUCGUUACGUAGAUGAUGCGUCAAAGAAGUCCUUCAAGUAUGAUCAUCUUCGCAAAGAAGCUAGUGAUAUUCAACCUCAUCCAGCUGAAUCGAGUGCUUCGGAAUCGUGGCGCGCUGCUUUGCAAAAGGAAUUAGAUGCAUACAUUGAGGAACAUUAUUCGAAAUCAGGCGUUGGUUGCGUGUUCGUUCGUCAUGGUAACUUCACUUUGUGCAUAGAGUCACAUCAGUUCCAACCUAAGAAUUUCUGCAAUGGCCGUUGGCGAUCUGAAUGGAAAAUCCCUGUGGGUGAUGGAAAAACGGGUAGCCAGGAACUAGUGGGCAAGAUUAAAGUACAG